CCGCCGCCGAGGAUACCGCAGAGCCUGGUCACGCAGCUCGGGCACAUGAGCCUGUCCGCGCGACCGAGAUUGCUACAGCAACCAUGCCUUCCCCGGUGCCAGUUCCUCGUGCCCGCAGUCCACAAGCCUUCCGUCCGUGCCUUUUCGUCGUCCCCCUUGCUGCUCAACUACCUCGCCCCCAAGGGCGGUGAAUCGCGUAAAUCUCGCAAAGGCCGCUGCCGUGUUCCAACUGGUGGCAGCACUCGCGGGACUACCGUCGUCUGGGGCGACUACGGACUGCGCAUGAGGGACCACGACCGCCGCAUCAGCGCCCACCAACUCCGCAUCGCCGAGGAAACUAUCCGGAAGCGCCUCAGGGGUAUGAAGUUUCGCCUGUACAUGCGCAUUGCAGCCAACAUUGGUGUCUACACGAGUGGAAACGAGAGCCGUAUGGGAAAGGGAAAGGGUAGUUUCGACCGAUGGACGGCAAGGGUGGCAGUGAGCAAGAUCAUCUUUGAGAUUCAGGGAGAUUUGCACGAGCAGGUUGUAAAGGACGCCUUCAGGCUUGCGGGAAACAAGCUGCCUGGCCUGUACGAGUUUGUGAGGAAGGGCGAUCCACCCGUCAUGGGUCUGACCAAGGUCGGGCUGAAUGGCAUAACGGAAGAAGACUUGAAGAGACCUCGGAGGAAACUACCUCUCGAGGAGGUGGCCGCAAGCUUACCAACUGCAUCGUCAGCGCCAGCGCCAGCUGCAGCAUAGAUUUGUACAACGUCUGUUAUGAAUACACCUGUGGCAAUGCGCAAUCCGUUUUCCACGUAUCGGACCAUUAGCACUUUGGCAGGUAGUAUGAUGGAAUCAUGAGUUCGCCCACAUGUCAUGCGCACAAUUACAUACUACCCAGAAACCCCUCCUCAUGCCUUAUACAAUGUGUCCAAAAAUCCCUUUGCCAGAUCAACGACAACACUUUUGUUCGGCAAGCUCCCCGCAACUCCAUACAACGCAGCCGUAUCUCCCUUCACGGCGCCCUUUGCUCCCUUGCCCUCGGCGAUCCGUUUCCGUUCCUGCUCUCUCACAUCCUCCGU